AGCAAAGGGUAAACAACACCUAAUUACGCCUAUCAACAUCCGAAUCCCGUCCAACAAAACCUUGAUUAUCGUCAACCCACCCCUUGCAUCUUCUGGAAGUGUCCUGAACUUGGUAUUGGUAAACCGUCCGCCGGAUCAUCUGGAAUAUCUGCACUGUGCGCUGAACCUUCACAGUGUUCGUAACUGCCUCUUGUGUCGCAGACGACACCAACUUUUCACUAAAACAUCUGGUUUGUCUCCGGCCUUACUUCUCAGAUUCUGCGUCAGUAUUGAUUCUCCCAUACGCUCCGAGACUAAUUCUUCAUUCUAGUAAACAUUGGAUGAGACAUGGCGCGAGUUCCUAAACCACGGCCAAAGCGAGAGCGCCAGGUUCCCAUCAUACACAGAGGUCGCAAAACCGUUCCCGUGAAUCAGAAACCAGGACAAGAAAGAUCGUUGACCUCAUUUGUGAAGACAACUGUCAACGAAGGCGAGGUUGCCUCGUACUGCGGAUUUGGCAAUCGGCCCGAGUUCCGUGAGUUUACAAUGAGUCUUUGGGUUCUUCCACACUACAUGAAUGCUUUCAGCGAUCAUAGCGUUACGCGUAGCCGUCAGGAAUAUGUUCUAGGUGCUCUUCGUAGCUGCCAAGAGGAUGCUCAGCUGAUGGCAGCGGUCACAUUGAACACGAGCCCCGUGGAUUUGUAUCCGGUGGAAUCUAAUGGCAAUCACUCUCCAAAGCGCCUUGUUCUUGCUAUUCUUCAGAUGUACCAGGGAAUCAGAAAAACGCUUUCCGGAGAAACAAACUACUCACAAGAAGCUCAAGAUGCAGUUGAGGCGCGUUUCGAAGAUUUCUCCGGCAAAACUCCACCUCACAUACAGGUGGAUACAUGCGUCAUUACUAAGCUUGGACCUUUCCCAGAUUGGGGUGAAAGUCCGCUCGAAGCUUUCAACCGAUGUUUUCUGCUGCUUUGCUAUGUCAACGGUCUAGUGCGUAUCCCCAACACUUGGCUGGGACGUUCUAGUAGAAAUGUUUGGAAUACUCGAUGCGAAUAUCAUGUUUUGGAGACACCCAAUUGGAUGAGGGGGCUCAUUCCUCAGCGACCAGCGCCCGAUAUGCCCCUUCAUUACUAUCCACCUCAAGACGUCAGCAUUGUUCUUUCGAUCGCGGAGAUCCAAAUGAUGAUCAAGGCACGUGGUGACGGAAAUGUUGGCGGUCGUUUGUCACCAAAUCAGGCAUUCAGCGUCAUGAGAACAAAGCCUCAGACACCAAAUCCUGGAGUCACCGUCAUUCGCUCAUCACGGGGUGCUCGGGUGAAGAGGAUUAUCAGUGAAGCACAAUUGAUUCGUCACCACCCUCCUGCUCUGAUCUCGCCAAGACCAGACAAACCUCUCAGCAAUUCAACCAAACGAUCUUUGAACUUGAUCCUGAGGGGACGCGAAUCGCAGACACCUACAGAAGAUGACGAAUACCGCGAAGGAGACCCCGAUAUAUCAUCGGAUGGAAAUAACGCGCCAGCCUGCACCGAAGAUGGACCGAUCGACAACAAUGAAACGGCUCUACCAACAUUUCCAGAGCCAUCUGGAAGCAUUCAAUCAAAUCAAAAAUAUGUAGCGGACGACGAUAGAAAUUGGCCUCAAAAUCCUGUCACCACAUCAAAUAUCCUGGAUAAUGACGGCGAUCGACUAGCUGAUGAGAAUGACGGAGCUUCCAAACAACUUCCAGGACCAUCGAACGAGAUAAUCGAACUAUCCGACGAUGACGACUUUUCUUCCCCAGCACCAAAGCAAGAGCCAAACGAAUUUUCCUUUCUGGGGCCCGUCUCCGAUCCAUUCCGCGAAAUUACCAUCAAUUGGGCCUUGGAUUCACACGUCCCCUGGGCGCGCGAACUCAAGCAACUCCUUGAAAAUCAUGGGAUGUUGACCACGCUCACAACUACGAAACGUGUCAAGAUCCGAUUUGCAGAUACUGUGGAGGAGGUACGAGACCGCAUUCGGAAGGCUUUCGGCAUGGAAGACUUGAAGGCUCAGAUCAAGACUUUGCUUGUUGUCCCUGCUCGAAUCGAGAUGACUGGGGAUGAGUGGAACAAGGCUCACGCUGCGUUGUGGGAAGGAGGUAGUGAAGCAGCAGCUAUUCGCAUGACCUUGAGAAAACGGGCUGAAGAUGAAGAGCUAUACGAGAUCUGA